CAGAUGUUCCCUUCCAAAAUGACUUUCAGAGCUCUGGUUUUGUGUCUGUUUUGUGCUGGGCUUGGAAAGGCAAAUGUGGUUCCACGGGCUGAACACAGAAGCGUGAAGGUGGGUGCCAAUGUGACUCUCAGCUGUGUCCUGACAGAACCCAAGGACGUUGUGCAAGUGACAUGGCAAAAGGACACUGAAACAUCACAGAAUAAUAUAGCUACAUACAGUAACUCAGGAGUAUUAAGGAUUCAUGAGCCCUAUCAAGACAGAAUGAAUUUCACAAGUCUGGUACUCAAUGAGACCAACAUCACUUUCUGGGACACUAGAAUGGAUGAUUCAGGGUGUUACACGUGUCUCUUCAAUACUUUUCCUCUCGGCUCCUUCUCGGGACGUACCUGCCUGAGUGUCUUUGGUCUCAAUGCAUCUGUCCAUUACAACAUUUCCAAAGGUCAUAUGAUAGCCAUCUGCAAUGCCGUUGGUAUCCCAGAGCCCACCGUCACCUGGAACAACUUGUUCAAUUCUACUCCUACACAGGAGAGGUUCAGGUACAAAAAUGGGGUGGUGUCCAUCAUCAGUAGACUGGAGAUCUUCAGCACUCAGAGCAUCAGUGCCCAGGACUUGUCCUGCAGAGUAAGCAACAGCAAUGAAAAAAUGGAAUUGCCUGUGGAAAUGAAAGGAGAAGGGAGAGCCUCAUUGCUUUGGCUGAUGAUUCCUGUGGGCAUUUUAAUUGUCAUAAGUCUGAUUCUGAUAACUAUGUGCUGGAGGAAGAGGAUAUGCAAGAGGGCUUGA